AUGACUGCAACAACCUCAGUCAGCCCAGACGCCAUCAGGGCCAUGUUCGCGUCUGCCUUAUCGAGCAUGUACCGUCGCGAAGUCCCUCAGUACGGCACCCUCCUUAAGCUCGUAUCAGACAUCAACCACAAAAACAACCAGCAAAUAGAACCUCGCAUUGAGGUAGAGAGACACGGUGCCAUCAGGCUCGGAACACCUGAAGAACUAUCCAUGAUGCGACGUCUGUUCUCAGUCAUGGGAAUGCACCCCGUCGGCUACUAUGAUCUCACCGUUGCCAGUCUUCCGGUGCAUGCUACCUGCUUUCGCCCUUUGACGCAAGAAGCACUCGCUUAUAAUCCCUUCCGGGUGUUUACUUCCUUGUUGAGAUUGGAACUUAUUGAGGAUGAGGAUCUUCGAUUAAAAGCUGCUGAGAUUCUGAGCAAGCGUCAGAUCUUCACAUCUCGAUGCAUCGAGUUAAUCGAGCUCUUUGAAUCACAAGAAUCUUUCUCAGAAAGCACAGCAGAAGAAUUCAUAAAAGAAGCUUUAGAGACAUUCCGCUGGCACAAGACCUCAACAGUCGACUUAAAAACCUACAAAGCCCUCCGAAAAGCACAUCCCCUCAUCGCAGAUGUUGUCUGCUUCAAGGGCCCUCACAUCAACCAUCUUACACCUCGUGUGCUAGAUAUCGAAACCGCCCAGAUUCGUAUGCUGCGAUAUGGACUGCAAGCAAAAGACGCCAUUGAAGGACCACCACCACGAGCAUGUCCGAUUUUACUCCGCCAGACGAGUUUCUUAGCUAUUGAUGAAGCCAUUGCCUUUUCAGAAGGCGAAGAAACUGGAGGAAGCCAUAAAGCAAGAUUUGGAGAGAUUGAACAGCGUGGAAUGGCUUUGACACCUAAAGGACGACAGUUAUAUGACGAUCUCAUCAAUGAGUGGAGAGGAAGCGCGGGAAAUGAGUCAAAAGAGAAGCAUCUAGCCAGGAUCUUUGAAAGAUUUCCCGAUGAUAUGGAGACUCUUCGAAAAGAGAAGCUGGCAUACUUUACAUACAAGCCCAUCUCCAGCGUUGAAGGAAACGAUAUUGAAGCUCUUGUCAGCUCUGGAGCUGUAAAGGUCGAACCUAUCACGUAUGAAGAUUUUCUACCUGUUAGUGCGGCUGGCAUUUUCCAUUCGAACCUGGGAGACGAUGGUGGCAUGAGUCACGGUGUGGGUGCUGAUCAGGAUUCUUUUGAGAAGAGCCUUGGAUGUCUUGUUAAGAAGGAGUUUGAGUUAUAUGCUGGGAUGCAGGAGGCUUCGAUUAGAGAGUGCCUAGCCUAA